AUGGGUAAAGAAUUCCACAAAGUCGUCUACCGUCACGACCCAACUGAAACGGAUUUAUUCCAAGUGAUCGUCAAUGGCGAAGAAUACAGAAAAUGGAAAGCAGGUGACAAAACCAUCCCAUUGACAGAAGUCGUUGAUGCUUUCGAAGUUUUCCAUACCGGUCAAGGUGCUCAAGGUAUUCUUGGCAGACCUUCAAAACAACAAUUGGAUACCAUUUUUGGAACUCACAACGAUACCGCAGUUGUAGAACAAAUUCUCGAGAAAGGUGAAUUGCAAAGUGCAAGUGCAAAGGACCGUUAUGGAUCUACAAACGAUUCAAAGAACUUCGGCAAUCAAGUUUCUGCCGGUGCAACUGGUGGAGGUCGUUAA